AAUUGUGAAGCUGUCAGCUAGGGUAUCAUAUCAUAUCAGUGGCUGCACACCGCUGUUCUUUCACAAGCCAAGAUUUUUGUCCCAAAUCUUGAAUCUUUAUCACCAUGGUAGCCAAGAGCAAUAGCCUGCUUGUUUUAUUGGUCACUGUGCUAAGCUGCAGCUUCAGCUUGGUGAGGUUUGCAGAGUCCAAGGUGCCCCAAGAUGAAAUUGAUGCUCUCCAAGAAAUAACUAGUACGAUGGGUGCAAAGUUUUGGAAGUUUAAUGGUGAUUCUUGCAAAAUUGAAAUGGUUGGGGUAACAGCAGAUCCGCCAAAAGGAUCUGAGGGUAACAUUACUUGUGACUGCAACAACACUGUCUGUCACGUCGUAACGCUCAGGAAAAAAGGAAAGAAAAUAAAAGAAGAGAGGGUUUUAUGCCUGAUAUCUAUAUAUUUAGGAAUCCUCCUUGUCAAAUCUCAAUAUUAUUUCCUUUUUCUUUUUCAAACAAUCAGGACUCUUGAAGCAAAUCAGUUCUCUGGAGUUGUUCCUCCUGAGCUUGGGAAUUUAAUCAACUUGGGAACUCUGGUGUUGUCCUCCAAUCGUUUGACCGGAAAGUUACCAGUGGCAUUGGCUGGGCUAAGAAAUUUAACAGACUUUAGAAUAAACGAUAAUAACUUCAAUGGAACGAUACCUGAUUUCAUACAGAAUUGGGAAAAACUUAAGAGAUUAGAAAUGCAUGCAAGUGGGCUUCAGGGACCCAUCCCCUCCAACAUAUCUCUUUUGAGUAAUUUACAAGAGUUGAGGAUUAGCGAUAUAAAGGGGCCACAGCAGGGUUUUCCUACGUUGACAAACAUGGCAGGCCUAGUGAUAUUGGUUCUCAGAAACUGCAACAUUUCUGGAGAGAUUCCUCCAUACAUCUGGACGAUACAAAACCUGAAAAUGUUGGACGUCAGUUUUAACAAGUUAGUAGGGGAAGUUCCAGACACUAUAAACUUAGAGCGUUUGAGAUUCCUGAUUUUAACUGGAAACUCUCUGAGUGGAAGUGUACCUGGCUCAAUCUUCGAGGAUGGAAGUAAUGUUGAUCUUUCAUACAAUAACUUUACAUGGCAAGGCCUUGAGCAACGUACUUGUCAGGACAACAUCAAUCUAAACCUGAACUUGUUUCGAAGCUCUUCAACAGAGAAUAACUUAAGGAGAGGUCUUCCAUGCUUGAAGGAUCUCAACUGCCCACGCUAUUCAACUUGUUUACAUGUUAAUUGUGGUGGAAAUGAUGUCACCAUCAAAGAAAAUAAAGGAAACAUUGUGUAUGAAGGAGAUGGAGGAGUUGAAGGUGGCGCUGCAGAGUAUUUCUUAAAUGGUGAUUAUUUUUGGGGAUUUAGUAGCACUGGAGACUUCAUGGAUGACAAUGAUUUCCAAAAUACACGUUACUCUGUAUCUCUGGCAUCUUCAAAUCUCUCUGAUUUAUACACGACAGCACGCAUAUCCCCAAUUUCAAUCACAUAUUUCCAUUAUUGCUUAGAAAAUGACUAUACUGUAAGUCUUCACUUUGCGGAGAUACAGUUUACAAAUGACCAAACAUAUACGAGUCUUGGCAGACGCGUAUUUGAUAUCUAUGUUCAGGAAGAAGUAUUGCGAAAGGAUUUCAAUAUUGAAGAUGAGGCAAAGAUGGCUCAGAAGCCUGUAAUACUAGAACAUAAUGUCAGUGUAACAAAUAAUAUCUUAGAGAUCCGAUUCUAUUUUGCUGGUAAAGGGACAACAAGAAUCCCUGACAGAGGAGUCUAUGGUCCCCUUAUCUCUGCUAUUUCUGUGAAAUCUGAUUCCAAAGAUUGCUCAAAUGGUGAAAGCAAGGGAACUGCUCACAUUGUUGCUGGAGCUGUAGGAGGAGCAUUUGGCCUAGUGUUUGUUAUAUUAGGAAUCCUUUGGUGGAAAGGAUACAUGCCAGGCAAAAGGGGGAGAAAGAAAGAUAGAGAAGGACUUGAUGGGCAGACAGGGACUUUUACCUUAAAACAAUUAAAAUCUGCCACUAAUGACUUUGAUUCUGCUAACAAAAUCGGAGAAGGUGGUUUUGGUCCUGUGUUCAAGGGUCAAUUGCCUGAUGCUACAGUGAUAGCCGUUAAGCAGCUUUCAUCCAAGUCAAGGCAGGGAAAUCGUGAAUUCUUAAAUGAGAUGGGCAUGAUUUCUUGUUUCCAGCACCCAAAUCUUGUGAAGCUUCAUGGAUGUUGUAUUGAUGGAGGUCAGCUAUUGCUGGUCUAUGAGUACAUGGAAAACAAUAACCUUGCACGAGCAUUGUUUGGUCGAGAAAAUCAUCUUAAACUGGACUGGCCAACAAGUCGUAAUAUUUGUAUUGGGAUAGCAAGAGGACUAGCUUUUCUCCAUGAAGAAUCUGUACUUAAAAUUGUUCACCGAGACAUCAAAGCUACUAAUGUGCUGCUUGAUCGGGACUUGAACCCUAAAAUAUCCGACUUUGGAUUAGCAAAGCUUGAUGAAGAGGAGAAGACGCACAUGAGCACCCGAGUUGCUGGGACCAUAGGAUACAUGGCACCAGAAUAUGCAUUAUGGGGUCACCUGACGUACAAAGCAGAUGUUUACAGUUUUGGAGUAGUGGCCUUGGAAAUUAUUAGUGGGAAGAACAACAAUAAUUAUAUCCCAAGUGAUGACUGGGUUUGCCUUUUAGAUUGGGCUUGUCAUUUGCAACGAACUGGAAACUUGUUGGAGCUAGUUGAUGAGAAGUUAGGGUCCGAGGUUGACCAAAAAGAAGCAGAGAUCAUGGUUAAAGUGGCUCUGAUUUGUACAAAUGCCUCUGCAUCACUUAGGCCUAGCAUGUCCGAGGUGGUGAGCAUGCUUGAAGGACAAAUCCCUGUUCCUGACGUGAUCCCAGAACCAAGUACCUAUAGAGAAGAUUUGAGGUUUAAGGCCAUGAGAGACCUCCAGCGGCAGAGGCAAGAUCAUAGUUUAAGUAUCAGUGGAACACAGCAUUCAACUACGGUCCACACAUUCGAGUCUACCUCUACGUCCGGCCUUGAAUUCUCUGAAAUCAAUCCAGACUCAACACCCUCUUGACAGUUGUGGACAUUCUGGUUCUAUAGUAGCAAGUAUGUUGUAGUUUGUAGUCUUCGGAAACGCAUAUGCAGAUUAGCUGUGUCCAUAUUUUCUUUUCUGUACAUAUUUUGUUCAAUUUUCUAUUAGCUUUAUUCGUUCCAUGCUUGUCUCUGCAAACAACAAUAAUAACAAUAUCAAUAUUAUUCAAUUGAAGAUUCAAUUUAAUUCGUU